AUGUCGGAACUCAUUCUCGACCAAGCAACUGUCAUGGUGGAAUCCACCUUUGUCAAGAACACUGUACCGACCCGUAUCACUGGCUGGAAAUUCGAGGCGAGUGGUAGUAAGCCGCGUGUUUGCUCUGCAAAUGAAACUCAUGCGGUUAUGACCUCAGGCAAUCACAAGGUCUCUAAUGCAGGGAAGCCUCUUCCUAAACUGGAAAAUGUCGACGAUCUGAAGGCCGCUCUUGCUGUGGUUGGGGUUAUUUGA